CCUUAGACAAGACCGAAAGUUAGAAUUUUUCAUAUGAAAAGAAUACCAUUUUGUCUCCUAGUUGUCUCUUUUAGAGCACUGAACCAUAACUCACAAACUGUAGCUCAAGCACUUAAAUAUAUAUACAUAUUUGUAUAUUACAUACAUACAUGCAUGUAAUUUAUAUUAUAUAGUAUGUUUUAUGAAUGUGACAGAUUUUGAAGAUUAAAUUAUGCAUGUAAGAUAAUGGAGAAUAAAACUUACGUGCCCAGACAAAUUGGAGAUGUGAGUCAUCCUGCCUACUUCCAUUCCUGGGGAAAAAGGGCUACCUGCUGCCAUAAACAAUACAAAAAAAACCAUUCUUAAUCGCAUCGUUAAUAUCGAAAAUUCAAGAAUUAAGACAUCCUUAAACUCCCCAAACAAUAAACCGUCGGGCUAAAAAAACCAUCUAAAGUAUCUGCAUAUUCGAUGUUCAUAGCACAGUCAGUAACACAAGAAGACUGCUUAAUCGAAAUUUCGACGUGGGGACCGAUACUAACUGUGGUAUUAACGAUAAACUAAUCGAUAAUGGGCGGAACAUAAAACAACUUUCACUUUCAUCAUUUCCCAUUGGUACACGCACGGUCGAAAUACGAACAGUGAAAGAAAGUACCACGGGACACCUCAUAUUUUUUCCUGGGAAAAGCAUAAUCACUUUACUUCAUUAUUGAAUUAUCAAGAGAUAAUAAGUAGACUAAUCACUAUUGUACUUGCCUACUUACAUAGGCCCCCCCAAAAUAAAUUAAAAUAAAAACAUUUGUAUAAACUAUCAAUCAGCAAUAUUCGCUCCGUUUCCAUUAGUGUGUGUGUGUGUCAUGGCCCUGAUUGGGUUUUUGUACGAGUCGAAACGGAUAAAUUUAAAGCAAUUUCCAAAGCACAAAUGAGGAAAGAAAGUGCACCCAAUUUGUAAAAUGAAAUUGUUGGCCACAAAGGAGACCCAAAACACUUUACUUUCUAAUAAAAGUUAAGUAUGUCUUUCAGCCAUAAUGAAAAGGGCAUUAUAAAGCCAGGAUAUCGAUUACUCGAGCAUGCAUAUUCCUACACUAAACACAGAUUUUUGUCAUAAAACUUUAGGAUUAGCCAAAACAGGGUAAACGAAAAAGCUCGAGACAAUGACUGGAGUUAGCUCGUCGUGUGGAGCAUGCAAAUUCCUAAGGAGAAGGUGCACUAACGAAUGCAUUUUCGCACCUUAUUUCUGCUAUGAGCAAGCAGCGAAUCACUUUGCAGCUGUGCACAGGAUAUUCGGUGCAAGCAAUGUGUCGAAGCUAUUGUCUCACCUGCCGGUGCACAGCAGGAACGAUGCUGCCAUAACAAUAUCAUACGAGGCACUUGCUCGUAUUCAAGAACCCGUUUACGGUUGCGUUGCUCAUAUCUAUUCUCUACAACAACAGGUGGCCAGCCUCGAGGAGGAGAUAGAAAUACUCGGAAACCAAAUAGCUAAUAUUGGAGUCAACAUUGCUCCUUACGAGACCAGUAACCCUUACUUCGCUGCACAAUCUGAAAUAGGAAGCAACUGCAGUAAUCAACAGAGUCUGCCGAUUCUACAUCCGGAAGCAUCCGGAAGCUUCUGCCACGCGGGAUUGCAGACUGUGGAUGAGGUUUCCGAAGGGUUCCUCAAUUCAAGUAUAUUCGAGAUGCUACUCGAAGAACUGAACCAAGACUAUUAUCUGCUUGAAGAGCUGAGCCAGGACUACUAUUAUAUGCACUCAUAGUAGAUGAAGUAAUAGCAGGAACCAAAUUUUGCAGCACCCCUGAUUUCCGAUUUUGCGAUUACCUUUUCAUUCUCGUAACUCCGUUUCUCUGCUUCUUUUAUGUAUUAAGCCUCUGUUUGGCUCCCCUCUACUCUGUAAAGAUGCAAGUGUUAUAGCUCGUGUUUAAUUCGGACUUCAUGGCUUAUGAUUUAAUUUAUGCACAUGCAUUGACUGUCAUAGGAUGUUCAUAAUUUCGUUCGAGCAUCUGAAAGAAGACAAAAUUAAGUAAACCAUUUAAGGAGAUUUUUCGGACACUUACGAUUUGUCUUGUUCGAAUUAUCACCUGAUAUCAAUCCCUAAAAAAAACUUGUCUUGGUUUGAACAUUAUCCAUGCAAAGAAGGCAUAACCGAAUAGUUCAACCUGGCGAACAAAUAUAGAACUUGUAUUGUAUAAUCUAACGAAACCAGAUUUAAAGGUCGAACCAACAGAUUCAACAAAUUUCUUCAUAAAUUCAACUCUGAUUGAAUCCCAAACAUCAAAAUCAAAUCAUUCAAUAAUACAACCAGGUGUAAACCAAAAUUACGUUCCCAAUUUCGGAAA